AUGCGUUUCCACUAUAUAGCUUUGAACCUUGUUGAGACUCGCAACAUCACAUACAGGAACUUACUCUUGGAGACAUGGAAGGAAAUUUGCCCCGACCGACCGGCAUAUGCUCAAUUACUGUCUAACAGGGUUCGCUGGAUCCUUGACAAGCAAAAACAUUCUCGUGCUGAGCUGGAAUGCAUCGAAAACAGCUGCUUUCUCACCACCGCGGAGCGAGAGAUUGUCAAUUCACCAGAGGAAUCCAGAAGAAGAUCAUCGACAGGGAUAAGAAGAAGUAACAUUUUUCUUAGACAACCUGAGGAAGACAUGACCGAAAAAUCCUUCAUUACCAACUUGGUGAGGUACUCUGGAGUUGCGGCGGAAAAGAGACCAAAAAUCCCGCGAUUGAGAUACUCCAAGACAACACGAGACUUCGUGUCAAGGGUGAACAUGAUCAUAUCGAGACAUCUGGCAAACGUGGAGACACUUGAGGGACUGGUGGAUACGGUGUACGCGGGCGCCGUAACUGUGGCUGAGGCAUUCGGGCACCAGAUUGAGCAUCAUCAAGGUACAUCAAGACCACUCACAACUGCCCCUUGGAAACUGCGCCUAGAAAAAAAGAUCACAUUUUUAAGGAAAAAGAUUGGGAUAGUUCAUACCCACCUGAAUUCGGCAACACCAACUGCUAAGGUCAUUAAAGCUGUUAGGAAGGUAGCUUCUGAAUGUCAGAUAAAGCGCAAGGACCCCACCUUGAAGAACAAGUUGUCUGUCGUUUCCGAUCACCUGAAACAAAAAAUUAAGGCGCUAGGAAAUCGCAUCAGAAGGUAUAACGAGAGGACCAAACGCUACAAGAACAACAACCUCUUUUAUAAAAAUCAGAAGCAGUUCUUUCGAGCACUGGAGACAGCAGAUGAGAGGGAAGGGGUAAAACUCGAACCUGAGGCAGCGCGCGACUUCUGGGCGGAGGUUUGGUCGAGGGAGAGUACUCACGACGAGAGUGCAUAUUGGAUAGAGGAGGCACAGCAGAAGAUCCCUAAAGAGCUUAUGGAGGAAGUACAGGUGCAGAAAUCGGACAUUGUCGAGACACUCAAAAGAUCUAACAACUGGGCUGCACCAAGUCCAGAUAAACUCCACAACUACUGGUGGAAGUACUUCAAUAGUGUUCACGAUAAACUGACACUUCUUAUACAGGAUGCCCCCAAUAACCCUGCAUCAAUACCUGGUUUCCUUACACUGGGAGUCACAUAUCUCAUCCCAAAGAACGGUGACAGAAAGGACCCAAAAAACUACCGACCGAUCACUUGCCUCUCGUCGUUGUAUAAGAUCAUCACCGAAAUCAUAACGAGAUACCUCAGCAAACACAUCAGAGAUCAUAACCUGAUGACUGAAGAGCAGGGUGGAUGCCGAGGAGGAACGAAAGGAUGCAAGGAGCUUCUGAUAAUCUGA